GGAUUUCAGCCCCAGUGGUCUACUUCGUGGAUUAUGUCACCAACUCCAUAUAUCUUGAAGAUAUUGUAGGCUCGAUUACUGUUCAAGAUCAUAUUAAUUCUGUACAGCAGAGUGAGAAUGAUACCAGUAGUCUCCUUACCUUAGCAGAGAAGAUGGGUGAGGUGUUAGCAAGAAUGCACGAUGAAGAUCUUAUACAUGGGGAUCUUACAACUUCCAAUAUACUCCUGCGGCCACCCGUGGAGAAGCUGGACUUGGUGCUGAUAGACUUUGGACUCAGUUUUAUUUCAGGACUUCCAGAGGAUAAAGGAGUUGAUUUGUACGUGUUGGAGAAAGCCUUCCUUAGCACUCAUCCAGAUACUGAAACUUUAUUUCAAGCUCUGCUAAAGAGCUAUGCAGCUACAUCAAAGAAAUCUGGCCCUGUAAUCAAGAAGCUGGAUGAAGUACGACUAAGGGGAAGGAAAAGAUCCAUGGUUGGGUAG